GACCCUUGGCUCUUCCAACUUUCUUUCAAAAUGAAAAUACUGCUCAUUUGAUUAUCAAAGCAGUGAAAAAUAUGAAUCUUGAUGAUCCCGCCAUCUUUAUUCAAUGGAACAAUAACGGGUUCAACGACACUCCAAUGGCAAAUUGUCGUAAUGGGAUUGCUGACCAGACAAAAGCUGCCAUUAUCAAUUAUAUUGUAGGAAGUGGUGGUGUAGAUUUCAACGAUUUGAACGAAUUGUUUUUAUUUAGAAGUCCCAUGGCAAUUAGUUAA